AUGGGAGCCAAGGCGAGUACCGUGGCACAAUCCGCUGGUGGCAACGGUCAGUCCUCCACUGGGGCCAAUGAGACCACGAUGCAGGGCUUCUCCAUGCUUCGCUCUCUGCCUGGUGGAGUGGGUAUGCUUCAGCAUCAACACCAGCAGGCGAAUCAGUCACAGAACUCGCGUAUGUCUGGAGACAGUAGACAGCGUGCACGUUCCCUGAGUUCCGUGCCAGAUCUCUCUUCUGCUGAGCAGGCUAGUCUCUCCACCUCGGUCGGAGUAGGGGUCGGCCAGGCCCUUGGCCUGCCUCAGCUCGACUCCGACGACACGGAUGAAGAAAGCGGUCGCGUCUACGCCGCUCACAGCUUGCCUUCGCACAUUUGGUCCCUCAACGGUCUAAAGUGUCCUGUAUGCUCCAAGUUUAUUCUGCCGGAUGAUAUCGAGUGUCACCUGGUCAUGUGCCUGACCAAGCCACGACUCAGUUACAAUGAGGAUGUAUUGACGGAUGGAAAAGGCGAAUGUGUCAUUUGCUUGGAGGAGUUACAAUCUGGAGAUCUAAUAGCCCGCUUGCCCUGUCUCUGUAUAUAUCAUAAAAACUGUAUCGAUAAGUGGUUUCAAGUGAAUCGUAGCUGCCCUGAACAUCCUGGAGAUUGAUUUGUACUUGCUGAACUUGGUGGAGUAUAGUGGAACAAGUUGCUAGCCCAAUGGACAUUUACGUCGAUGGGAUUGAGGUGGCAGGAAAUGGCAAAAAUUGUAAAAGAAGCUAGUCAAGGUGGCUGCUAGUCUGCAAUGGUGAUUGGUGCGUGUGGUGAAUUGUUCGACUGAAAGAGACUCACUCAUCAAAUCGAACAUACAGAAACACAGAUGUUUGAUUAAAUCCUCAAUUCUACUAUUGUUAAGUGGAGGACUUAAAUAACAAAAAAAA